AAUGCUGAAAAUGAUGUGAAGGAAAAUGGAGAUACCAAUCCGUUGUCCAUUGCCGCUACUCGACUAGCAGCUUUAGAACAAGCAAUAGAAAGAAGAUACUUUAAGCAUCCAUUCAGAGACGACAAACUACAAAUUCCAUCAAAUAUCGGUACGGCUCUUGCUCCAGGAGAAGUCCCUACAGAUGCGUCAAAUGUCGAAGAGUACCCGACAAAAACACCGGCAGCCAAGCUCAAUAUCACACCAGCUCUAAGAACAUGGCGUAACGCUGUAGCAGGAGUAACCAAUGCAUCACAGUUGUCAAUGUGUAUGACACUCUUUACCAGUUGUAUAGCAUGGGAAAAAUCUAUUAUGAAAGUAUUUUGUCAAAUGUGUCGUAAAGGGGACAACGAAGAGUUGCUGUUGCUAUGCGACGCCUGUGACCGUGGUUAUCAUACAUACUGUUGUACGGUGAGUUACAUGUAGUAUAUUAUUGAUU